AUUGUAGCCUCGGGGAACCAAUUUUCGCGUGCCAAGGUUUCAGUAUUCAGUCUGGAAUUCACAGAAUUGUGAAUGAAACAUUCCGUGUUCCGUUUAACUUGUCAUCGUCGUUUUGUGUGAGUGGGAGGGAGGCAAUACAAUCAUCGCCGAGUGUACAAAAAGCCUCCACCCUCGGGCUCACUGUCACUUUUUAACAGCUUUACGCACACACGCACCAAUCUCAGAGUUCGUCUUCCGUUUCAACACAGCUCAGUUUAGAUAACUAAAACAAAAAACCAUGGCAGACCUUAUAAGAAAUGAAGUUUUCUCCUGUUUUGUUUUCUACGGCGUGCUUCUGGUGAUAAAAAUGUACAUUGUAGCAAUAAUAACGGGACAAGUGAGGCUGCGCAAAAAGGCUUUUGCCAACCCCGAGGACGCGCUGAGACACGGAGGUUUACAGUAUCACAGACAGGAUCCAUAUGUGGAAAGAUGCCGGAGAGCUCAUGUUAACGACAUGGAGAACAUCCUCCCCUUUCUCUUCCUGGCUGCUAUCUACUCCAUGACUGGACCCUCACUGGCUGUGGCCCGCAUUCACUUUCUGGUCUUCUUCAUGGCCCGUGUGCUGCACACCAUUGCCUACCUAUUUGCCCUGCGUGCACCGACACGCUCUCUGGCCUACACCGUUGCCCAGAUACCUUGUAUCUCUAUGGCUGUGCAGAUCCUAAUAGCAGUCGCAGCGUAUGCCUGAAUAUCCAAAAAUUAGACUGAACUAGCUGUUCUUGCUGUAAAGAUGCCGAUUACAAUCUGUUACCUGUGUCAGAAAAAGCAGGAGGAUGAUACCGGAGAGGGGAGGGAGAGCAUAAAAGACAAAAAUGUCAGUGAGAGUGCAAUAUAAGGUGUGUAAUUACACCACAGCCUGUUUUUUUGAGACUUUGUCAGUAUUGUUAUUGUUGUAUUUAAUGUUGAAAUGUGAGAGUGCCCUGAAAGUUAUUUGAAGUUGACAUCCUGUACUGUACUAUUUAAAAAUGCAAAUGAAAGUUGUGGCUCGUAUAUAUGUCUUUUUAACCAGUUUUUGUUGAAAUUACCUGAUGGAAUUUAAAAAUCUCUGAUGUACAGUUGUAGGUAUUUAGUUUAGGCCACUUUGGAUAUUUUCCAGCACUGCACUGUACGUUCAUCCCUGCACUGCUUUUGUGUUUACACACAACACAGACCACCAUUUAUGUGGUGUUGUAUCCUCUGUGGCUUCAUCUGUUUCCUGUGUGGUUAUUCCUUCUGUUGUGUUAACAUGUGUUUGCUUAUAUGUUCAGCAAAAGCAUAGUGGAUCCUGACAUGAUGAUGUGUUGAAAGACCACUCAGGGAAAUACAGUAUAAUGCUAUUAUUGUGUGAGUGAAACUGUCUCUCAAGUUAAGUCAAUUGUAAGGAAGACGAAAGGAAUCCUAACACUGAGUUUGGACUGAGAAUAAAUGUGGAAACAACCUGCAGAGAACAAAAAUGGUGAAAGAAUUUUAUCUGUGAAAAUGUAUUUGGAGGCUAUAGGUAUUGUAAUAAUUUAUUAUUCAAUUGAAUGUAUACAGUGAUGUAUUUGAACCCCUUAAUGUGUUUGUAGACAAUAAAACAAAUAACACAAACCCAA